AUGUGUUUGAAGCUGAGUGACCCGCCUCGUCUACUUUUUCAACAAAAGGAUAACGCAUUGCGUCGGUCAGCGAACAAGAAAGAGCUAUUAACGGACUUGAUGGUGAAAGCCAAGCAGAUAGAGUAUCUUAUCAACUCUUUGCCAGAGCCAGAACCGGAGGAAGAACAAGCAAAGAGAAUACAACAAUUAGAGGAGGAGAUGACGCUCGCGAAUGAGGAGUACAUGUUGGCUGUCGGUCGUAAAAUCUUCACUCCCAAGUUACAGAAGCCCUGCAGGCCAUGCUUGUAG